GACCUGCACCUCCCAGCUCUAGCCCCGCUCGCAGCUGCCUGCACUCCCGCAGCACCAUGAAGGUCCUGGCAGCUGCCCUGCUCGCUCUGCUCCUCGUUCUCUGCUGCUCCCCGUCUGAGGCCCAUCUCGACGGCGUCCCCACCACCUGCUGCUUCAGCUACCAUCCGCGCCGCGUCCCACCGAGCCUCAUCCUCUCUGCCUACACCACCAGCAGCAACUGCGCCCAGCCGGGGGUGAUCCUGGUGACCAAGAAGAAGGAGCUGUGCGCCGACCCCCGGCAGCCCUGGGUGCAAGAGCGUCUGAGGCGCUUCCAGUCCCUGCAGAACUGAUCCCUCCCUGCUGCCUCCCACCGCGGCUUCCAGACCCCCCAGCCCUCAAGACGACCUCAGCCUUCUGCCACGGGAACCUGGAUUCUAUUUAACUUAUUUAAGUUAAAUUAUUGUAUCUUUUUUUUUGUUUGUUUGCUAAGAAAAGAGAAAAUGCCUUUGAAAAAAAGAAGUUGUUGAACUGUAGGAAAGUGUUAACUUAAAGGAAACUUAUUUAAGCCAGGUCAGUGUAGUCUGUUCAUCCUUUGACAGGAGUCACUUCUGAUGGGUAAAUAAAGUGUUUGUGC